AUGGACCGGCUCAGUGCAACUGGAUACCAUAUUAUUGCAGCAUACCUGUGUUUUCUGAUUCUGUUUGGAGGGUUUAUUCAAAUAGUCACCUUUAUAGUCCUCAUACGAUCUAACGAUAUCAAGACCAAGUCCUUAACGCCCUAUUUGAUCAAUAUAGUAGUAUCAAACAUGAUCAUGAUAGUCGGAAGCUUUCCAUCUACGUUAGCCUCAGCCGUUGCCAACGAGUGGGCGUUCAACGAUGUUGUAUGCCGUUUCGUAGUUUUUCUAGGCGGAAUAGCCGCUGUAUCUAUGGUCGCUACAAUGACUUGCAUAACAAUCGAAAUUUACWACACGAUUAWAUCACGUCAAAUUACUAAAUACUCGCCAAAAAAUCGCAACUUGAAGCAUUAUAAAGUUWUAUUUAUGAUUUGGUUYUACUCUUUCCUUGCGAUGUUGCCACCCUUAGCAGGUUGGACAAGUGUGAUCAAGGAAAGUGCCGAUAUGAAUUGCAMUCCAAACUGGAAAGCGGAGUACACGCCAGACCUUGUAUACGUUUUACUCUUGACGAUUUUAGCGUAUAUUUUACCAGUCUCUAUAGCGUUUAUUUACCUUUGGAAGAUCAACAAAGAAAUCAACCAACACCUUAAAACAGUCACUCGGUUUUCAACGACGACACAGAAAAAAAUGCAAGGCUUUCGCAACAUCAGUAAAAUGGCAGGUUUGGCAAUUGCAGCGUUCACACUCACUUGGCUGCCAUACUGCGUCUAUGUUUUUAUUUCAGUUUUCGGAGGAUCGCACCUGAUUGAUGCCCACACGGGRUUGAUUGCUGCUCUUGUGGCUAAAUCAAGUAUUUUGUACAGUCCGUUCAUUUAUGCACUGGUAAAUCCAAGGUUUCGAGUUAAUGUGAUGACUUUGUUGAAGAUCAAACAAACUUCAGCAAGCACCUUUCAAGACGUCUCAACUCAGAUUCGACUUACUCCUUCACUUCGUCCGCGAGAAGAUCUUAAAGAUGAAUGCAGUGGCUCUUUUCCAUCCUAUUUUGUACAGAAGGAUGACGAAAAGAAUAUCCCCAAACAACCUCGUGUUCUUUUUGUCCAAUCAGAUAACGGAGAAAAAAAGAACACUGCAUGCACUGACGUCUGA